AUGCUACUAUGGAUGGAUUGGCUCGCCUUCGGCUUCGCUUGCUUUGCAUCCACAUCUUCAACUCGUUCGAGUUUUCAGGUCGACAGUGCCACGACCAGCCCCGAAACAAUCAUCGAGAGCCAGGAAGAUCAUGGAAAGAAAGAAAACACGAUUGGAGACUUGUUUACUGACAAAGAUUUAAAGAUGAUGUUUGUCUCCGGAGAGACAGCAGAGCCGUCCCCCGAGACUACCACUUUGAUUGAAGAGAUCACCCGCCAACAAGUGAUCGAAAUUCUGACACGUAGCACCGCAUUGGCAACUCGCCGCGGAGUUCGCUCGAUAUCUACCGACGAUCUAAUUUUCCUGAUCCGCCACGACAAGGCUAAAGUCUCCCGUCUGCGAACCUUUUUGUCAUGGAAGGAUGUCCGCAAGAAUGUCAAGGACUCCGACGACAAGGGUGGUGGUGAUGCCGCAGAUUUCGCCGCCGCCGACGAUGCGGCUGGUGUUGUUGCAGGCCCCCAAGAUGUGGCUCCCAAGCCCAAGAAUAAGCGCGCCAAGGUCGGACUUGCGUGGGAUGUCAACAGUUUCUACUCAGUUCAAGUCCCCGAGCGCGAAGAUGAAGAGGAUGAAGAAGAGGAGGAGCAAAACUACGCGACCCUCCAGCGUCUUGCUGCCGCCGAUGAACGCACCCGCCAUAUGACGCGAGAGGAGUAUGUCUUCUGGUCCGAGUGUCGCCAGGCUUCCUUCACCUACCGCAAGACCAAGCGAUUCCGCGAGUGGGCAGGCUUCGGCAUCGUGACCGAAUCUAAGCCAAACGAUGACAUUGUGGACAUUCUCGGUUUUCUCACAUUUGAGAUCGUCCAGACUCUUACCGAGGAGGCACUCAAAGUCAAGGAGCGCGAAGAUAAUGAGAAGCACCGCCGUGGAGGUGCCGACGCCGGUGAAAAUCUCAAGAAGCGGAAGCGCGAGACCGGCUUGUUUGAUCCCCCCGAGGAGGGGCGGACUCCCAUUGAGCCACGACACGUUCAUGAGGCAUACCGCAAAUUGCAGGCUACUCCUCAAAAGGCCAAAGCUCUGCUGCUGCACAACGGCCGUGUUCCUUAUCGUUUUCCUCUUGCUUUGAUUUAA